AUGGCUCGCUUGGUCAUUUUACUCCUCUCUCUGGGAAUGCAAGUGUAUGCACAGAUCCCGGAUAUCUAUGUUGAAAGCAAAAAUGACAUUGAUGAAGGACUUCUUCACCUUCUUCGAGAACUGCGACAGGAGGAGUUCUAUGACACACUCCUUGUCUACGGAGCGGAUUGUGUUUUCCACCACCACAUCAGGUACUUGGAUGUUCCCACGGUGUUGGUUUCUUCAGGGAGCACCAGCUUUGAUUGGAACUUCAGUAGCUCAACUAUGAUACUAAGUUGUGGCCUUGAAUCGGAAAGAGAAGCCACCUAUCGCACCAUUUUUAAGCUGCAAGUAAACAGACGUCUGAUCUACCUACAAGACGAAAAACACCCUGAAAAUGUUUGUGAUAUGUAUUUCAAAAAAGAACAAUAUAAUGUGGCCAUGUUGCGGAAAGAUUUUGUAAAAUCGAACAUCAUAUACACAUGUCGCUUUUUUAAGGAUCCUAACUUUGAAAAAGUGAGUUUAUCAGACAAGAAACCUGUUUAUAUUGAACAAUUUAAGAAUAUGCAAGGGAGAGCCAUCAGAAUAGUGGCAGAUAUGUUACCCCCUCGUUCCAUGCAGUACUUGGAUGCAAGCAGCGGAGAACUGAAGAUAAAAGGCUAUGUGGCCAAUUUGAUCAACAACUUUGCACUGAAAGUAAAUGCCACCUUGCAGUUGGGCACUUUAGCUCAAAACGAGACCUUAGAAGAGAUAAUAAGAAGGGCCCAGCACGAUGAGCUUGACCUUGGCGUCACUCUGGAGACCUCUUUAUAUUCCACGAGCCUGGACACAGCUAGCUAUCCGUAUCUUCUUACUUCAUACUGUGUAAUGGUUCCGGUUCCAGCAAAGAUCCCCUACAAUCUGGUGUAUGCCUCCAUAGUGGAUCCCCUUGUCUUAGGCAUUAUCAUUUUGCUGUUCUGCCUGCUCUCUACGCUGCUGAUAUAUAGUCAGAAAAUGUCAUGGCAAGAGCUCAGUCUGGCCAACAUAUUGCUUAAUGACAGGAGUCUGCGAGGUCUCUUGGGACAAUCGUUUCCAUUUCCCUCCAAUGCUAACAAGCACUUAAGGCUGAUUUUCUGCAUUCUGUGCUUUGCAAGCAUUAUGAUGUCCACGAUGUACGAGGCUUACCUGCAAUCCUUCUUCACGGAUCCCCCAUCGGGACCUCGCAUUCGUUCCUUCAAGGAGUUCCGAAAGUUUAACCAGAAGAUUGCAAUCACCGAAAUUGAGUAUAGACGUCUAAUGAACCUAAACCACUCACUCCUUGGUGAAAUUCACAAAAGCGUCUUUACAAUAUUUGACGAUUGGCAGGAGUGCUUUAGACUGCGUGACUCCUUCAAUCGGAAUUACAGCUACUUGGUGACAUGGGAUCGAUGGAGUGCCUAUGAGGAGCAGCAAAGGCUUUUUAAGGAUCCAGCCUUCUACUAUGCCAAGGACCUCUGCUUCUCUCGACUGAUCUUCAUGUCAAUUCCAAUGCGGAGACAUCUGCACUACCGUCAUCUCUUCAACGACCAUAUGAUGCGACAGCACGAGUUCGGGUUAGUGAAUUACUGGAAGAGCCACAGUUUCUUCGACAUGGUAAGGCUUGGGAUAACACCUCUCAAGGACCUUAGUCAGCCUAAGGCGAAAAGUCCAAGCAUAGUUUUGGAUGAUAUCUCGUUGAUACUGAAACUUUAUGUGGCCGCCAUCGCGAUUAGUAUUAUGUGUUUCAUGUUGGAAAUAGCGACCGAAAAGUGGAGGCGAUGGCGUAAAUUCGAAAAUUAA